UUGACCUCAGCUCAGCUCGGUAACUCGCACCCAUUUUCUUCAGUUCUUCCUCACACCGAAAGCAGCUCCGCACGGCGAAGCUACAGCCUACAGCUAAGCUCCGUCCCGGCCUUGCCAAAUACACCAUGGCGGCGACCGUGGCCUGCGCCUUCUUCUUCGACGCUGAGCCGGUCGGCGAGUCCGGUAUGCCAGCGCAGGACGCGUGCGCGCUCUGCGCCAAGUCGCUGGCCCGGAACAGCGACAUCUUCAUGUACAGAGGGGACACCCCCUUCUGCAGCGAGGAGUGCCGCCACCAGCAGAUGCGGCUCGACGCCGUCAGCGAGAGGCACGCGGCGCGGAGGCUGCAGCGCUACUCGUCGGCAACAGAGUCCCAUCGCGACCAGCGAGAGUCCAGGAAUGUGUCAAUCGCGAGCUAGUAUUGUUAGAAGCAAAGCAACAAGAUCGUGUAUUUUGAAGAACCGCCAAUUUGCGGAGGCUUCUGAUGUCUCUGCUGCUCUUGCGUGAGCGUAAGCCGGCGUUGCGCCUCGGCGUCGCCUACGGCUGUAGGGGCAAGGCACGAAGCGUAGUUCCCCGUGUAGCUUUCCCGAGAUUUGUCCAUGGCGAGCUAAUUAAGCUGCGCCGAUGGGUACUCUGGGCGUG